GACCAAUCUUCCCACGUGUGUUUGUUUACAGUGAGAACGGAGAACGACGUCUCCUCAGUAAAAUCGGAGAUCAGAGCAGUGUCUAAAAGAAUUGAUGGCACGUUUUGGUCAUUAGGGAGAUAAUUGUUACGAUUUCAGACAUGAGAAUCAAUGAAAACACGUUUUUGUUUGGAUGCAAAGUUGUGUUAGUUCCUUACGAAAGACACCAUGUUCCAGAAUAUCACAAAUGGAUGCAGUCUGAAGAGCUCCAGGAGUUGACGGCGUCGGAACCCCUCAGUCUGGAGGAAGAGUAUGCCAUGCAGGAGGCGUGGCGCCAAGACCAGGACAAAUGUACAUUCAUCAUCUUGGAUGCAGAUCUGUACCAGAAAUCUGGUGAACCCACCCAGUAUGGUAGAGAAAAAGAAGCGAUGGUUGGGGAUGUGAAUCUGUUCUUCAACGAACAAGGAGAGAAACAUGUCGCUGAGAUAGAGAUCAUGAUAGCAGAAUCGUCCGCGCGAGGGAGAGGGCUCGGGAAGGAAGCACUCCUGUCUAUGAUGAGAUAUGGCAUCGAAGCUCUGGGAUUGACAAAAAUAACAGCCAAAAUUGGCUUCUCAAAUGCUCCAAGUCUUGCAAUGUUCAACAAGUUAGGCUUUGUGGAGGUCUCGCGGAGUGAUAUGUUUAAAGAAGUCACCCUAGAGAUGGUUGUUGAUGACCAGGCCAAAGCUUUGAUCCAGACCGGCACUGCAGGCUACACACUACAGGAGAAACCAGGUCCCAGCUGACCCGAGUCAGUCUCACUCCCAUCUCACGGGGUGAUAGAGGGGCCAAGUGGUUAAAGCGUUGUUUUGUCUGGCCUCAAUUUCUUUCAUGGCUGCUGUAUGUGAAGUCUCCUACUGUGAUUUGACUACAGCUAAAAGCGGUGUAAAACCUAGGUUAACUGCCAUUAUGACUAGUCCCAUUAGGGGAGACCGCCUCCGUGGUCCAGUGGUAGAGCGUCCACCCGGAGAGAGGAAGGUCCGGAGUUCGAUCCCCGGCCGCGACGUUAAAAGAUGGUACUUGUUGUUACCCUGUCUGGCGCUCGGCAUUA